AUGUUCCCCAAGAAACUCUCCGACGGCCCCGCCGGCGGCUACGGGCCACCCCCGGCCACCUCCUACGGGCCACCCGCGGGCGACUACGGCUACGACUUCGGGGCCCGCUCGCCGCCGCCGGGCUCCUACUACGCGGAGGACGCCCCGCAGCAUUUCUACCGCUGGUGCUCGCCGCCGGGGCUGCUGCGGCUGCUGGCGGCCGCGGUGCUGCUGCUCUGCGUGGCCGUGUUCGCCUGCGUGGCCUCCACGCUGGCCUGGGACUACGGCUACGGCUACGGCGGCGCGCUGGCCGCCGGCCCGGGCGGCUACUACGGCUCGGGCUACUACGGCGGCGGGCUGGGCUACGGCUACGGCUACGGCGGCUACUACGGCUACGGCGCCGCCAGCCCGCGGGCGGCCAACGGCUUCAUGAUCGCCGCGGCCGUGCUCUGCUUCCUCGCCCAGCUGGGGCUCUUGGUAGCCAGCCUGAGCAAGUCCAGCGGGUCGCGGUCGCGCCGCUUUUACCUGGCGGUCACGGUGGUGAGCGCCGUGCUGGCCCUGCUCGUGCUGGUGGCCAGCAUCGUCUACGUGGUGGGGGUCAACCCGCAGGCGCAGAUGAGCGGCGGCUACUACUACAGCCCGCUGCUAGCCAUGUGCAACCAGGUGUACGCCGGCGGCGCCGUGCUCAACCAGUACCUGUACCACUACUGCACCGUGGACCCGCAGGAGGCCGUGGCCAUCGCCUGCGGCUUCCUGAUGGUGCUGCUGCUGUGCCUCAUCUGCCUCUUCGCGCACAAAACCCGCAGCAAGAUCUGGAAGUACGGAAAACACAACAUUUAUUGGGAUCGCCUCCCGGCCGGCCGCCAGGGCCCCGACGUGGAGGAGUGGGACCCCCCCUCGCCCCCCGAGGGGGAGCUGGACGCUGCCCGUCCCCCCUCCAAGCCCCCCGCCCGCCGCGGGCGCCGCCGGGGCCGGCGCCAGCCCGAGCGCGAAGGCUCCCAGUGCUCCCAGUGCUCCCAGUACGACACCGAGCCCACCACGGCCGCCGAGUCCGGCGACGAGCGCGACAGCGAGCAGUGGCACAGGCUGUACCCCCCCAUCGGCUCACCAAGCGACCGCCAGCGCUACAAGGCGGAUUUCGGGGCGGAGCUGCGGCGCUACAAGGAGCUCUGUGCCCACAUGGACGGGGUCAACGAGCGGCUGGCACAGCUGGCAGCACAGCUGGACCAGGUGCCCGAGGACAGCGCCCAGUACCAGACGUCCCCUAAACGUCCCCAAAUGCGUUCCCAGAGCCCGGAGUACCAGGAGAAGAAGCGGGAAUCCAAAACGCUCCGGAACAAACUCUUCCACAUCAAACGGAUGGUGAGCGACUACGACAAACUGCGGGGCUGAGCGCACAGCCAGCGCCCCAAAAAAGGGACAUUUUUAGGGGGACACCCCAAAAAAACCCCCCCGACCCCUCCAAAGACUUUUGUGCCUUUCUUUGGUGUUAAAAAACCCCAAAAUUCCUCGUUCUGAGCCCUCCCCAGUGCCAAGGGUGGGGGCGGCUGGUGGCAGCUGUUGGUGUGACUCCCCCCACCCCAAAAUGUCCCCAAAUGUCCCCAAAGUCUUUGGGAUCCCCCCAAGUGCCUUCCCCUGGUUGUAAAUAGGAUUUUUUAUGGGGUUUGCACUCCCCUGGCUGCCUUAAAGGGGUUUUGGGGCUCCCAAGUUGGGGUAUGGGGGAUAAAAAAACGCUUUUGGGGUUUUGUUUUUGGGGGGGACCCAAAUCCCCAAAUGUUUCCUAGGGAAUUGGUGGGAACUGUGGGAAUUGUGUAAUAUUUUUAAUUGUUUUGUAAUAAAUUAAGUGUAAUUGUUGAUUUUCA